AUGCUAUCUGCACUCCUGGUUUUUUUGGGGGUUGUCCUCGCAGUACUCUACAUUCGCGCCAGACCUCGCAAGAAUCUCCCUCCUGGUCCCAAGCCCCUCCCCAUCCUCGGCAACAUCAGAGACUUGCCGGAUGGGACCACCCCAGAAUACCAACAUUGGAUCAAGUUUAAAGACCUUUACGGUCCUAUCAGCCAUGUUUCCAUCUUCGGUCAAUCCCUCAUCAUACUCCACGACCGUGACGCUGCAAACACUAUCCUAGAGAAGACAUCAAUAAAGACUUCAGGACGGCCACAGUUCAUCUUUGGGAAUGAGAUGUGUGGCUAUAAUCAGGUCCUCACCUUCCUACCAUACGGCAAGACUUUCAAACAACAGCGGAAGUUGGUACAUCAACAGCUGGGCACGAAGGCUACUGCAUCACGCUUCAGGGAUGUUCAAGACGUGGAGUCGCGUCGCUUGUUGUUGCGGAUCUUGGAGAGCCCCGAGAAGUUGUCGACACAUAUCAAGACUGAAGCAAGUGCUAUAAUUCUGAAGAUGACGUACGGCUAUAACAUCGAGCCACACAAACCAGAUCCAUUGUCCCUGUUGAUAGAGCAAAUGAUGCACAAUUUUGCACUUGCGUUCGUCCCCAUGAGCUGGCCGGUCGAUUACCUGCCGGUACUUAGGUAUUUCCCAGAAUCCUUUCCAGGAAUGUCUUUCAAGCGCAUAGCCAGAGACUGGAACACCCAUGUGCGCAUGGUGGUUGAAGUGCCGUUUAAAUUUGUUAAAAAUCAAAUGGCAAAACAAUCUCAUCAGCCAUCCUAUGUCUCUUCGCUCAUCAAGCAACAUGAUGGCAAUGUGGAUGAAGAGACUGAGGUUGCGAUUAAGCAAACCGCCGCAGUCAUGUACGCUGGAGGCGCUGAUACCACUGUCUCGUCCAUUCGUGGUUUUGUACUCGCCAUGUUGCUGUUUCCAGAUGUCCAGAGGAAGGCACAGCAAGAGAUUGAUUCUGUUGUCGGGACUGAUCGACUUCCUCACUUCGAGGAUCGUGAUAAUCUUCCGUACAUCGAUGCUUUAAUACAGGAAACACUCAGAUGGAUCCCCGUCACUCCAAUGGGAGUCAUUCACACAGCCGACGAAGAUGUCCACUAUAAGGAUUUUGUGUUCUCAAAGGGGACAUCCUUUAUACCAGCGACAUGGUGGUUUCUUCAUGACCCAUCGAUCUAUUCAGAACCAUCUUCCUUUGAUCCAGAUAGGUACCUGGAACCACGAAAUGAACCGCAUCCCAAUUUUGCCUCAUUUGGGUUUGGUCGCAGGGUUUGCCCUGGGCGGUUCCUCGCUGACGAGAGCCUGUUCAUCAGUAUCUCACGUCUCUUGUCAACGUUCGAUAUAAAGAAGGCUGUUGACGAACAUGGCAAUGAGAUUGAACCUCAGAUAAGCGUCACUCCUGGCAUAAUUGGUCAUAUUCGUGACUUCCCAUAUGACAUCAAGCCGAGGAGUGAGAAGUUUACGGAUAUGAUUAGACAGGUUGAGAUUGAACAUCCGUGGGAAGAAGGUGAUGCUCAUUUUCUAGACGAGAAGCUAGUUUUAGAGAAGGCUAAAGCUUAG